AUGGCUCUUCCUUGGGUGGUGGAGCUCAAGAAGGUUUUGAAUGACAAUGAGAUGGGCAUCAACCAAAAGGCUGCAAAAGCCUUGGCAGGGUUGCAGCAAGCAGGACUUGCAUACACCACAGUCCUGAAACCGAAAGAGGUCUUGAUACAUCCUUCCAAUCGAGGAGGACAGAUGUGCAACCACUUUGAUGUGAUUUCCAAAGGAAAAUCCAUCUGCCAGGUGGGGUGGAGCCUUCAGAAAGUGGGGCCUUCAGUAUGUGUGGAAUUGCCUAUUGAGAGCAAGAAGAGAUCACAUAUCAUUGAGUGCAAUGAGGCUCUUGCAUCUAGUUCUGGUGGCAUGCUUCCCAUGCCAAGUGGCAAGGAAAGAGUGUGCAGCCUUUCCACCAGCCACACCUGUGCAUUCCUUCGAUGUCUAGAGAAUGGAUGCAAAAUGGAUGCUGGUGAUGACCUUGAAGGUGGCUCCAAUCUUUCCCUAGAGCAGUUGGUUGCCAAAGGUGAUGAUCUUGGGAAGAUGCUCACAGAAGGCUGGGAAUGGUGUGUGGUCAAAGCACAGGUCGAAGCUGAAGUGCCUGACUUCUGUUGCUUUUUGCAGGCUGCAUACAAUAGUGAUCAUGGCAUUGUCAAACCUCCAAAUGAAUUGGAGGUUGCCAUGACCAUUGCUCACAUCUUCCAGAUGCAGCCUGAGGACAAGAAGGAUCUUGCAAAGGCAGUUGCCCAGGCUGCUGCAGGGAUGCCUCCAUGCAGGGGCUACAUCAAGAGCAUUGGGGACUUUGUAGCUUCCUAUGCUGGUGGUGAAUCCUUCCAGCUUUUGAAGUAUUUGGACUUCAUGUGUCGACAAUAUGGUGGUUCCAUCAAUUUUGGAGAGGACUUUACUUGGCUGUUGGCAUACUUUGAUUGGAAGGAGCCAACAACAACAUUCCCAUUCCUUCGAAUUGCUUUGGCCUGUUGCCAGCUCACCUGCCCCAAGUCAGCUCAGAAGGAUGGCUUCAGCAGACUCAUCACAAGAGCAGACUGGGACAAGUUGAAAGGCAAGAAAUUACAUGAUGACAGCUUGAAGGCUGAGAAGCUCAUGCAUGCUGGAUGGAGCAUGGUAGAAAAGAGUUCUCUGGCAAUGGAGAAAGUUGCUCUUGCCUUUGGAAAGUUCCAGAUCAGGUUGGCAUUGUUUCUCCUGGGCAAGCAGCAAAAAGGAAGAGAAGGUGUUGUCUAUGAGACCAUGGAUGACAUCAAUGAGAAGUUCAAGACAGACAUCUUAUUGCGCAAUAGUGGUCUCCCUAUGGAAGACUCAAAAGGAAAGAAGGAAGAGGCCAGCAGCUCUGUGAAGGGCCUGGAGGAAGCAACUGACACAGUGGCCAUUGCUUUGAAUGCGAACAAGCACAUCAAAGUCAACAAGCUGUAUUUGAUCAAAGCCACUGCAGAUGAAGACAAUGCAGGAAAGAUUUGGAAGCUGGACACUUUGUCAGCUGAAGGCGGCAAGCUUUCCCACCAGCCCUUCUUUGGAGAGGUGGAACACAAAGAAGUGACACUUGCUGAUUUGAAGCACCUCAGGGAAUGGAACAAGCCUCAGCCUGCAUUGGUGGAUGCCAGGGUGAGGCAAGAGCUACUUCCAUGCAAGUCUGCAAUGUUGGCUGAAGAGAUGGCCAAGGCCAAUUUGCAGUGUGCACUGUAUGACAAAUACAAAGAGCUUGGAGAUCAGGAUGUGGCUGUCUCCAACACCCACCAAGUAUUUGCUGGUGGAAGGAUUGGCAAGGGCAAGCUGGUGAUCAUGCCAUUGGGCUUUGUGCAGGUUGUGCAUGUGGACAAGCUGCUGAAGACCUCAUGCAGCAUCAAGGCACCAGACAUGAAGGAUCAUUGCUUCAUCAUCACACCAUGGAGGGUUGACUUUGUGAAGCGCACAGGUGCAUUCAUCCCCUAUUGGAUGGUGAAGGAGGGCACAUCAGCUGAUGAGUGCUGCCUGUCCAGGACAAGCAUCAAAGCUGGUAAGUACAGUAUCCCAGCCUAUGUGAAUAAGAGAUUGAUAGAAGAGGGCACCCCAUUGCUGGUUGAGCCUGCUGAGGAGAAAGAGAGUGUUGUCACUGUGAAGUACAGGGAUGGACCACCCAUUGCUCUACCAAAGGGGCUGAUCAAUGAAGACCAGUUUGGUGGCAAAUGGCUGAGGCUCAGGCCUUCCAACUUCAGCAUUGCCAAGUUGGUCCUGGGGCACAUGGACCGGUUCAAGACUUUGUCAAACCCAAGCUUGGCCAACAGCCCACAGCUGAAGAUCAUUUGGAAGAAGGUCAAGGGCAAAUUGAAAGAAGAUGGUGAUGCACCAAACCCUUUUGGUGAAGAGUGUGAAGAACAAGAGGAUGCCAAGGGCAAGCAGAAAGACAUCCUUGCCAAUGCACCUGCAACAGUUCUGAUUGAGCUCAAUGGUGCCUAUGUCACAGUGAGAACACCAAAGAAUUGGAAAGAGAGUGACCUGAUCAUCCCACUAAAAGUGGACUCUCUGAAUGCUGUGUUUGAUUUCAUCAUGGAGGACACCCAUCCUCUCUUCAACAAGGGCAAAAGACCAUACAACAAGUCAGGGCAAUAUGCCAAGAAAGCUAGAAAGGUCAGUGAGGAGGAUUGA